CUCGAACGAGGAUCCCAGCACGUACGUGUCUUUCCCGCCGUGCACACACCUGUCGCAGGUGCUGGCGUCGGCCGACGGCGAGGCCGUGCUGAAAACAUACAACACCGCCAUGAAAAUCUGCCUCUUGGCAAGGCCUAUCCACGAGGACAGAUCGUAUCUUGCCCAGGACGGCAGCAAGGUCCAGCACGAGGAUCUGGUCCGGCUACGGUCGCGGAUCGUUCGCUGCACGAGCUGCCAGGCUGUGUCCAACGUUUUCAUGUGUUUGGAAUGCUCGUUUGUCGGGUGCUAUAGACACCGCCAUGCGAGCGAGCACGCCAGCGCCCACAACCACGCAUUUGGCAUCAAUCCGCACACUGGCGACCUCAUUUGCUGGCUGUGCGAGAGUUUUGUGAGCGAUCCGUCGCUCGAGCGCAUCAGGAUUCAUCAGAUCAUCCACUCGAGAACGGUUGCAAACUUCCCCGGGAUGCCCAUCUUCCAGCACGAGCACGACGCGGAAAAACAGCGACAGAUCGUCUCUGGGUCGCGUGCGCCGUGUUAUCGCGCCUCCACGGGGCUCAAAGGCUUUGUGAACAUGGGAUCUACCUGUUUCAUGAGCUCUGUUCUACAAACGCUUAUCCACAACCCGUUCAUCAGAGACUAUUUCCUAGCUGGAAGCCACAACGACUGCAAAAAGAUGGGCGCAGAGUGUCUCUCGUGCUCUGUGGCAGACAUUUUCCAGGACUUUUAUUCGUCGCCCAGUGCUGCAGGCUACGGCCCCGUGUCGCUGCUCACGGCCGCUUGGAAAGUGAAACGGUCACUGGCAGGGUACUCCGAGCAGGACGCACACGAGUUCUGGCAGUUUCUGCUCCACCAGCUGCAUAAGAACGACACCAAGAAAUCCAAAUCGUAUAAAGAACACACCCCGGUCCCGGGCGACAACCAGUCCCCGGCGCUCGGCUCGUGCAACUGCAUUAUCCACCGCACUUUUGCCGGCGAACUGCAGUCCUCCAUCAGGUGCAAGAAUUGCCGGAACACAACCGUCACCGUCGACCCCAUGCUCGAUCUGUCGCUGGAGAUCCAGGAAAAGCACGCCGACGGCUCCAAGACCGCCAUCCCGAGUCUGGAAGCCUGUUUGGACGUCUUCACCAAACCAGAGCAGCUGGACGCCACUUACAGCUGCUCCUCGUGCCAGAAACAGACAAAAGUGAACAAACAGCUCAAAAUAAAGAAGCUGCCUCGCACACUCGGCAUCCAGCUCAAACGGUUCGACCAUCUCGCAACGUCCACCAAGCUAGACACACACGUGCAAAUCCCGCUUUUCCUCAACAUGUCCGACUAUGUGCUGGCCAGCAGCGAGCCGCAUUACGGCCAGAACCUGUACGAACUGUUUGCCGUGGUGUGCCACAUCGGGUCUGCCAGCACCGGCCACUACAUCUGCAUGGUGAAGGCGCGGUCCGGGGCGUGGUUCAUGUUCAACGAUGCUACGGUGACCAAAGUGUCUCAACAGGACGUUCUCAACUCGCGUGCUUAUCUGCUCUAUUACAUAGUCCACGAAAUGGCCUAGUCGAAAAAGUCAUCAUCGUCGUCGGAUAAGUUUGAGCCUCGCAGCGACUUCUUGACAAACCGCGUCUGGCGCGACUCUUGCAAAUCUUCAUCUAGCGUGUUGAUCGAGAGCCGGGAGUCUGUUUCAGCCACCGCGCCCGUGCUGCACAGCCACGAUUCCAGAUCAGCAAGUUUCGUCUGGUUGCCGCCGAGUUGGGCGAGCGUGACGGCCUGUUUGACAACGUCGCCCUUGUGGUAGACAAGCAGUGUUGGGCAGUUGGCCUCGGGGUAGUUUUCGACCGCGCGAUCAGCAGGAAUGUCGACAAACUUCACAUCGGGCAGCCGGGGCGCGAGCUGGGCAAGCAAGCUCGCCAGCAGCCGGGACUGCAACGCGCUCUGGAGCGACAUGUGGACCACGACAAAGCAGUCCUGCGACGCGUCGGUCACCUGUUGCUUGUACUCUGGCUUUGUGAUCGGGUACACCGUGCCGUACUUGGCGCGGGCCGCAAGCUUGUUCAUCUCAGCGAUGCGUUUCUGUUUGUACUGCUGGAGGAACUCCUCGUCCUCGUCAUCUUCCAGCUCAUCGAGCUCAUCGAGCGUUUUGUUCUCGAGCCUGUUCUCGUGCUGUUUCUGCACGGCCUCUGCCAGGGCCUCCUCGAGCUGUUCCGUGGGGUCCUUCUCUUUCUCAGGGAUGAUGCCGUGGGCACGCAGAAUGUCAUUCCAUUCGGUAUCCUCGUUGGGAUCCACCUGCAUUUGUAUUUUCGGGUCUACUGGCCUGUUCAUCGUCUGUGUGUCCACCGCCAGGAAUUCUGGCAAAUUGAAAAAAAAAUAGUAAAAGAAAAUUUAAG